AAGAAAAAUAAAGACGCACGGUAAAGCUUAACAGUAAACCCUCAUUCAAAAAAGCAGGAGAGAAGAAAAAGGGCGGAAUUAGACAAACAGCGGCGUCGGCAACAGUCGUCGUUCACGAUUAAUCUCCGGGAGCAGAAAAUCGUCGCCGGAAAAACCAAAUGUCGACUCCGGGAGAAGGUGAAGAAGUGGAAGAUAAGAAGCCCAUAGUUCAAUCUCGAUACAUCACCAUCAAAGUGAAUAGCAAUUAUAAGCAGGAUGAGAAUGCAGUAUUUUUCAAGAUAAAGAGAAACGUAAAACUGAAGGUACUCAUAAGGGCUUAUCGUGAGCGACAGUCGGUGGAUGACUCCAUUGUCUAUCUUUACAAUGGCACCAAAAUCGGAGAUGAAGAUACUCCCGAUUCGCUGGAAAUGGAGGAUGUUGAUGAGAUAGAUGCUAUGGCCGCCAUGGAUGGAGGUGCUUCAGAUUAGAAAAUAUUUAUAAUUUAAAUUAUUGAGUAGCCCAGAAUCUUGUUGAUGACAUUCAACUUUGAAAUUGUACGAGUAACUUGUUAGUUUCUUCAGUUAUGGUGUCUGAUACUCGAUCUCGCUUGUUCGUGUUCUUGCCGUUUCUGAUAACUCAUCUCUCUUUUUUUGGUUCCUA